AUGUCCCGGAGGACGCUGGGUGGAGGUCGUGUUCUAGGCACCCCGACUGCACUUUCAUCGGCCCCGUCCCCGUCCCCGCAGCCGAAGCCAAGACUGCUUUCGCCAACCGCCAGCAGCGUAUCUCUCAGUUCUCAAACAUCAAUCUCGCAAUUCUCAACGGAAACGCAAGACCUCACUUCACGUAUCUCGGUCGAGAAUGGUGACACUUCUAUAUCUGCGGCGCCGGCCGCUCCCGGGGCUCAACUCUCAUGCCCGAUCUGCAGUGAGCAGAUGGUCACGCUUCUCCAACUGAAUAGACACCUCGACGACCUACACCAGAACCUAGAAGAUGAUCGACAAGAUGAAGUAAAGGAUUGGUUCAAGGUGCAGAUGGAGAAAGCGAGAAGGUUCCAGCCUCUAGCUGUGUUGAAUCAAAAACUCAAGGGCUUGGAUGUAUUUGAGUCGAAUGAAAACCAAACAGCCCCAGUCGUCAGCCGCCCACUUGCAGCGACCACCCACGCAGGAUCGUCCGAGAAUACACCCAAAAUACUUGACCCAGAAGACCUUAUUACGAGAGAGCACUGGCAAGCUGGUUGUCUUUAUGACACCUGUCUCGAGCCCUCGUGUGGUAAGCGCCUCAAUGGAACCAACGGCUGUGUCAACUGUCGAAAAUGCGGCAAGCUAUUUUGCGAGGAGCAUACUAUGUAUCAAAUGAAGCUUUCACGAUCGGCUCAUCCUGAACCUGUAAGAGGUAUUUGGGCCCGGGUAUGCGAAACUUGUUAUAAGUCAAGGGAGGGCUAUAAUGACCAUAAUGGAGCAAUAAGGGAUCAUACACAGGAUUUCAAAAGCUUCAGAAAACAGACAGUGGACAAAGAUUUCCUGGAAGUCUCCCGACUCGAGAAACGUUUAACUCGACUUACGCAAUUACUCGCCGGCCUGCCACCAGAUCAGAUACAAUCCAGUACGACAAAGUUAUUCUCAAUUCCAUGGCAGAGUGAUCAGCGGAAAGCUCUUGAGCAGACUGUUGUCAGCUGGCAAGACGAUGCCAGCGUUACCAGAUGCCCUUUUUGCCAGCAGGAUUUCUCGGGUUACUCCUUUCGGAGACACCAUUGCAGAACUUGCGGGCAGGUGGUGUGCGGUGAUUCCAGUACAGGUUGUUCCAGCGAGAUUGCGCUAAGCAUCGCACCUUUGUCCAAAACUACAGAGAAAGCCACCCGGAACAAUAUGAUCAAUGUGGAUAUCCGGCUGUGCAAAGAUUGCAAGACAACGCUGUUUGACCGUCGUGACUUUCAAGCCGACAUUUCGCGGAAACCCCCGGAGGUUAGGGCGUAUGAGAAUCUGGUGCAGUUUGAAAGAGGCAUCCGUCUUCAUCUUCCCAGGUUCCAAAAGCUCCUCACUGCAUUGCAAGACCCGAGAAGACCACCAGCGUCAUCACAGAUUGCAGAUGCGUCCAAAGUCCGCAAACGACUUAUCGACUCGUUCUCCAAGUACGAUGUUGCAGCUCGACGUAUCCGCGAUCUACCCACAGAUUCUCCCACACAACAACGCUUACAGAAAGCGAUAUAUCAGCAAGCCAGCGCAUUCCUUCAUCUUCAUAUGUUACCAUUAAAGUCCCUUCCCAAAGUUCUCAAACACGCAUCUCCAUCGAGAGAUCUUAUACCCAGUCGCACCUCCUCCCCAAGCACCCUAGUCAACGGAUCGCCAGCCCCUACCAAACCACAGGAUUCUGCGCUUGCAUCCAUUGCAUACAACAACCGUCUCGCGCCGAACGGCAGCACCGCCAGUCUCGCCAGCGACACAAGCAGCGCCGUGUCCGCCCUGGAAGCAGAAGAGAAGUCCCUAAGAGAGCGGCUUAUCGUCCUUGAAGAACAAAAGUUCUUUGUAUCCGAAAUGAUCGCAGACGCUAACCGUCGACGAAAAUUCGACGAAGUGAGCAGUCUUGCCGUGAACGUGGAGGAUUUGAGCCACGAGAUUGACCGAAUCAACGGUAUGCUCGCAGGCCUGGAUUUUGAAGGUGCCUACACUGGUGGCAAUAACCUUCAAGUCAGCGGGUGA